AUACCUUCUUCAGUUGUAUGCAACAUUUGCACUAACAAAAAAGAAAGUUUCUUGCUUUCAACAAGCCAAGAUUCAUAGACUGUCUUAUAUGUUGCUGCUCUUAACUUCAAUAAUAUUAACUGCACCUAGUCAAGGUAUUCUCCAGCUUGAAGUUUUCAAUAUCUUCCUCUCCUCAUGGCACAACCUUAUAGAACUGCAUAUCAUUUUCAACCUCCCCGGAAUUGGAUUAACGAUCCUAAUGGACCAGUGAUAUACAAGGAAAUAUACCAUUUAUUUUACCAAUACAACCCUGAAAGUCCAACAUGGGGAAACUUAGCUUGGGGUCAUUCUACUUCAACUGAUCUUGUUAACUGGACUGUUCAUCCUCCUGCACUUUUCCCUUCAGAUUCAUAUGACAUCAAUGGUUGUUGGUCAGGUUCUGCUACAAUUCUCCAAAACGGCACACCAGCUAUACUUUACACUGGUUGUGACUCACAAGAUACUCAACUUCAAAAUCUAGCCAUACCUAAAGAUUUAUCAGACCCUUAUCUUAUCGAAUGGAUUAAAUCGGAUCAUAAUCCGAUAAUGGUACCUAAUCCGGGGGAAGAAACUUUGUUUAGGGACCCGAGCACGGCGUGGUUAGGCCCUGACGAUGGAAUUUGGAGAGUAAUCAUAGGGAACGAAAGAGAAGACAAUGGAACUGCUCUUUUGUACAGAAGUAAAGAUUUUAUUCACUGGACUGAAGCUGAGCGUCCCCUGCAUUGGACAAAUGAAACUAGAAUGUGGGAAUGUCCUGAACUUUUCCCUGUAUUAGUGGACGGUACUGAAAAUGGAGUUGACACUUCAGUGUUUUUUCAAGGGGUUAAAUAUGUAUUUAAGAUUAGUGUGGCUGGUACUGGUGUUGAUUAUUAUACUAUUGGAACUUAUGACCAUGUAUAUAUUCCAGAUGAAGGAUUUGUAGACAAUAUUGAAUCAGGAUUAAGAUUGGAUUAUGGAAGGUUUUAUGCUUCCAAAUCUUUCUUUGACAGUGCUAAAAACAGGAGGAUUUUCAUUGCUUGGGUUAAUGAGUCUACAAGUAGGGAAAUUGACAUAAUCAAAGGAUGGUCUGGUCUUCAGACGUUUCCUAGGAAAAUUUGGCUCGAUAAAUCUGGAAAGCAAUUGGUUCAAUGGCCAGUGGAAGAAAUUGAAACGCUAAGGACAAACCAAGUUAUAUUACCAGCUACAACAUUAAAAGCAGGUUCAAAAAGUGAAAUUUUUGGUGUCACUGGUGCACAGGCGGAUGUAGAAAUCUCCUUCUCAAUCCCAAUCGCAACGCUUGAGCAAGCAGAGGUUCUGGACUCAAGUUGGAGUAAUUCACAAGAGCUAUGUCGCCAAAAUGCUUCAUCAGCAAACAGUACUGGUGUAGGACCUUUUGGGUUGCUAGUAUUGGCCUCAAAUAACAUUGAAGAAUAUACUGCAGUGUUCUUUAGAAUUUUCAAAAAGAAUGACACGUUUGUUGUGCUAAUGGGUUGUGAUCAGAAAAAGCUGGUGGUGGCAAAAUGGAUUAAAAAAACAGUUAUCCACCCGUCAGUUGAGGGUCUUGACUACGACACAAGCAAAUUUGGAGCCUUUUUGGAUGUUGAUCCUGUUACGGAAAAAUUGUCAUUGAGGACUUUGAUAGAUCAUUCCAUAGUAGAAAGCUUUGGUGGAGGGGGAAAAGCUUGCAUUACAACCAGAGCUUAUCCUACUUUGGCUAUCAAUGAUAGUGCCCAUAUAUUUGUUUUCAACAAUGGAUCCCAAGAUGUUGAAAUCUCCAGUUUGAGUGCUUGGAAUCUAAACCAAGCUCAGAUCAACUGAACCGAACGACGAAUCAUUAACCAAUAAUUUUAUAAGAGAUGAUCGUUUUCUUCUUAAUAUUCUUGAUCACCAAAAGAUUUGGAGGUACGAAUAAAGAAAAAAAAAAGGAACAUUGAAUUUGCCUUUUUAUUUUAAGAUCAA